AAAGUCAUGGAUUCUCUACAGAAAGUGACAUUAUCAUUCUCUCCAGGAAAUGAUGUGUUCUGCUCGAGGUGUUAUUUUUGUCUUACUGGUAGCUUAUCAUGGAGCUGCUCUAGUCCUUGGAGGAGCUGAAACCCUGAGCGAAGAUGAGUUUAAAGAUGCUAUUGCUGAUGGACCUGUAUUUGUCGCAUUCAUUUCCCCUUGGUGUGGCUUUAGUCAAGCCUUAGCUCCUAUUUGGGACAAUUUGGCUAAAGAUGUUAAAACAGUGAAGAUAGCUAAGGUGGAUUGUGAUCAGGAUCGUCAGCUAUGUGAGAAAGAGGACGUAGCUGGAUUUCCAACUCUUAUCUUGUACGUCAAUGAAAGGCCUAUAUUAUUUAAAGGAGAUAGGAAGCUAACUGCAUUCAAGGAAUUUAUAAACAAGCAUAUAGAGGAAGAUAAAGAGAUUGGUUUUGUGGAACUGACCGAUGAAAAUUUUUCAGGUUUUCUGAAAACAUCUGGACUACAAUUUGUCAAGUUUUACAAACCUUGGUCUGGUCAUUGUCAUAGUUUUGCACCAGUUUGGGAAGAGUUGGAUUUGUAUAACUCGGAUACAUCAGUUCACAUAGGAAAGGUUGAUUGUACUGUACAGACAAGUUUGUGUGCUCAAUUUGAAAUCACUGGCUAUCCUACAUUACUUUUAUUUUCUGAUGGCAUGAAGAAGGCCGAGUAUUAUGACAAGGAAAGAGAUUUGGAGUCGCUAAUAAACUUUCUUCAUGAACACAAAUGAUAAUGACAACUGCAACAAUAAUAAUAAUGAAUAAUCAGUCAUUUAUUAUCAGUCUAGAUUGCUAUAGUUUAUAUUAAAGCCAAA